AUGUCUAAUGACAAGUUCAAAAGCGUGGAGCACAGAGUGUUGAUAAACGGCUCUGAGACCAGAGUGUCAGUGGCGGCUUUCUUUUUCGGCACGGCGUUGAAGCAUCAACGACUGUAUGGACCUAUAAAAGAGUUGGUAUCGGAGGAGAACCCGCCGAAGUACAGAGAGACGACGUGUAAGGAGUUCACCGCCGUGUCCUACGAGAAAGGUCUUGAUGGAAACUCGAGGUUCCGCAAAAAGAGAUCAGAAGAAAUACGACAACCCAAAACAAGAAAACAAAUAACAAUGGCUUCUGCCGCAACUACCAAUCCAGGUUACGAUCGGCUAGCGGAGCUGAAGGCGUUCGACGACACAAAAGCCGGAGUGAAAGGGCUAGUGGACGCCGGAAUCAAAGAGCUUCCCCGGAUCUUCCAUACCCCGCCGGAUUCCCUCAAUUGCAGACCCUUAGCUUCACCGGAGGAUCCCAAUUUCAUCCUCCCGGUAAUCGACCUUGAAGGUACGACAAACCCAGAAAGGCGCAAACACGUCGUCGAAAAGAUUAAAGACGCCGCAGCAAAUUGGGGUUUCUUCCAAAUCGUCAACCAUGGAGUCCCUGUAAGCACCCUGAAUGAGAUGAAGGCCGGAGUUCACCGGUUUUUCGAUCAGGAAGUGGAAGUGAAGAAGGAAUUCUACGGCAACGACCUGACCGGGAAAGUCGUCUACUCCAGCAGCUAUGAUCUGUACACUUCGCCGGCGGCGACCUGGAGAGAUUCCAUCCUCUAUCAUAUGGUUCCGGACCCGCCGGAGACAGAGCAAAUGCCGGCCUGCUGCAGGGGAAUCGUGACGGAGUACUCAGGGGAGAUGGUGAAAUUGGGGGAUUUGCUUUUCCAAUUGUUGUCGGAGGCGCUGGGUCUGGGGACAAAUCGCUUGAAGGAAAUGGGCUGUGCCGACGGAAUGGCGACCCUGUGCCAUUACUAUCCGGCUUGUCCUCAGCCGGAGCUCACAAUGGGAAUCCAUCACCAUGCCGAUCUGGGUUUCAUCACGAUUCUUUUGCAGGAUGCCGUCGGAGGGCUUCAGGUUCUUCGCCGGGACUGUUGGGUUGAUGUGCCUCCUGUGCCGGAAGGUCUCGUUGUCAACAUCGGGGAUAUGUUUCAGCUGAUAUCCAACGGGAGGUUUCCGAGCGUGGUGCACAGGGCGGUGGUAAAGAGCGUCGGACCUAGAGUAUCCGUCGGUGCGUUCUUCCGUAAUGAAGCGUCGUCGGGUUCGAAAGUGUAUGGACCUAUAGCGGAACUGAUAACGGAAAAGAACCCUUCAAAAUAUCGAGAAGUCGCGGUUGGGGAUUUCUACAAGCAUAACGCAGGUGGCACCUACCUGCAGCAGCUUGAGUUAUGAGACAAUGCUUUCGAUACCGAAUAAGAUAAUAUUGUGUAAUAACGAUCUCGAUUUUGGGAUUCCCAAAUCUAAUAGUGUUGUAAAAUGAUACGAUAAGUGUUGUUAAAUCAACUCGAUAAUUUCACCAAGCAAAUGUACGAAUGUGAAUCACAUUAUGUGACAAAUAAAUUGACAAUGGAGUAUGGGUUCGCCAAAAAUUCUUAUUCCUUCACAAUGUUUCCAUCAUUACAAAAGAG